AUGCUUGUUUCGAGGGUUCCGAAAGGAGCAAACAAGGUUCAAGGACCGACCGCAAGAGCACACACAAUAGGAUAUGCUAGGUGCUUCACACUCAAGCAAAGGCUCUUCAACUGUAAGGGCACUGGAAAACCGGAUCCAUCAUUAGAUGCUUCACUUUUACAACAUUUACAGAAAUUAUGUCCAGAUAACAACAGUUCUAACCCCAAUUUGGCUCCCUUGGAUCCUGUCACCACAUACACAUUUGAUAGCAUGUAUUACAAAAACCUAGUGAAGAACUUAGGAUUACUACCAACUGAUAAGGCUCUUGUGAGUGAUGGUACAACUGCUUCAUUGGUGUACAAGUAUAGCCAGUGGUCUGUUUUACUUUUACAAGGACUUUGA